GACGACACGGCUCCUCUUCUUCAGGAGCACGUUUCUUCCGUCUACACGAAUUUCCAGCCCCGCGCGCGAUCUUUCUGUGCACCCUUGCCCUCUCGCUGCUUCCCGAUCCAGAUUUCGCGCUUCACUUUUCGAAAUUCACGUUUCCAUUGCAAACCAACGGCGAGCCGAGACAUGUCAACGGCACAGAUCAACUCUGGAGGCUGUUCAGGACUCGAAGGGUGAUUCUCAGAAAGAUUUCCUGCUCGCGAAGAAAAAAGAAGAAGGAGAAUAGCGUAAGAACAAGACGAUCGUAAUCGUUGGUAACUCUGGUCUUCCGGAUUAUCGCGUAGCCGGAAGCGCAAUCGUUCGACGUUUGACGAAAUGACGCCGACCCCAUCCCCUGUAUCGCCCUCGUCGACGCAGCAGACCUUCGUCUCUUCUCUGUUUCGCAAUAAAACACGAGAAACGUGCAUUUAACCGAAUCGUGCCGAGACGAUCGAAGCAUCGCGACCCAGUGAAAGAGGAUCCCUACUGAAUAAAUUCGAGAAAAUUGCCCGAUAUCCUAGCGAUCUUUCUACGCCGAGUGAUCGCCUCCGGAUUUCAGAAGUCGUUUAUCCUUGAUCGAUCGCGUAAGAAGCUUCUCAGGCGGAGAUAAACGCGAGAAAAAGAAGAUUUACGACAGAAUCGUCGAAGCAGAAGAAGAAAUACUCGAGGCACAAUGAACAGCACGGUAAUGAGCACCACCAGCGCUAUCGAUUACGCUUGGAAACUGAGUCAAGAGGACUCGACGAUUCAGAAUUGCGAGGCAGAUCUGCCGAUCAUCUCGUUGGUUAAUCAGAUUCUCUAUUCGGUCGUCUGUAUCGUAGGCCUCCUCGGUAAUACCCUGGUGAUAUACGUGGUUCUACGAUUCUCCAACAUGCAGACGGUGACCAACAUGUACAUCGUCAAUCUAGCGAUAGCUGACGAGUGUUUCCUGAUAGGUAUACCCUUUCUGGUUACCACGAUGAGUUUGCGUAGCUGGAUAUUCGGCAAGAUCAUGUGUAAAGCUUACAUGACCACCACCAGCAUCAAUCAGUUCACUAGUAGUAUCUUCCUGUUCAUCAUGAGCGCUGAUCGCUACAUCGCCGUCUGUCAUCCGAUCUCAUCACCGAAGAUACGGACACCUUUCAUCUCGAAAGUGGUUUCACUGACCGCUUGGCUUACCAGCGUCCUCUUCAUGAUCCCCAUAUUCCUGUACGCGAGCGCGAUGGAAUCGGAAAGAGGUAUCAACUGUAACAUCUACUGGCCAACCGACAUAGGAGGUCACACCACCUUCACUUUGUACACCUUCAUCCUGGGCUUCGCCAUUCCUCUGAUUCUCAUCUUAAUCUUCUACUUCCUGGUGAUCAGGAAGCUGCAGACGGUCGGUCCGAAGAAUAAAUCAAAAGAGAAGAAACGAUCCCAGCGUAAAGUUACGAAAUUAGUGCUGACAGUGAUCACUGUCUACGUACUAUGUUGGCUACCUUAUUGGUUGAUGCAAGUGGCUCUAAUUUACACACCGCCCAAACAGUGUCAAAGCAAGAUCACUAUCACCAGCUUUCUAUUGGCCGGUUUCCUAAGCUACAGCAACAGCGCGAUGAACCCGAUCCUCUAUGCAUUCUUGAGCGACAAUUUCAAGAAGAGCUUCCUGAAGGCGUGCACCUGUGCAGUUGGCAAGGACGUGAACGCCACCCUGCAUAUCGAGAACAGCGUGUUCCCACGGAGGAACAAAGCUAACGCGGAGAGGCUUCAAGCGAAUAGACUAGCCGCUUCAGGUCAGUCCAGGUUGGAAAUGGAAGACGAAGACGCCGAGAGGGGGCUGUUGAUCAGUAAAACUUCUACGACCACGGUGACCAUGACGUCACGAUCCAACAUCACCAUAGGGAACGACUCGAAAGAUCAAUCGCAAAGAGAGAAGGAUUCCAUGAAGAACGGAGCACAGCUGACUCUGUUGACCCAGGUGUAAAGAUGCUACUCGAUCAUUCGACGAAAUAGAAACAACGGGCUAAGAAUGGCCUCUUGGUUUCACCCUCAUUUUCCGCCUCGAUGAUCUUUCAUCGAAAAGAAGAGGGAGAACCUUUUUUAACGUUGAUCAAUCCGAGAUCGUGGAUUCUCAACCUCAACAUGGUUGUCCAUCGAAUUUUUAUCAAUUCUUCGUGAGUUUCUUCAACCGAGUGUUGAACUGGUUAAUCGCGAGUGUAUGUUUUCUUCGAUCUCCUGGUUCAUUCCGAGAGUCAUAAUUAAAAAGCAGUACGAUCUCGGUAAUCGUUCGAGAGACGAAAUCGACGCUUAUUUCAUCUUCAACGAGGAAAAUGGAUGAAAAGCGUGGACCCUUCGUUCGACCGGCUUUGAACGCGACAGAAGGCGGGGAAUCGUAUGAAGACCUCGAUGUUGACAAAUGUACGAUAACGAAAAGCACUUGUUCAGCCGAGGAUAAGAUUAGAGUGAUUGACUUUCUUAUGAAAUCGACGCGUGUGAAGAAGUAAUCCUUCCAGAAGAGGCGUUGCCGAAGAGACCGGUCUUAUUUUAUCUUAUGGAAGAUUCUUCGAACGUUCGUAAUUAAAUUUAAUUGUAAGAUAUAAAUUGAACCAAACGACGCGAAAUAUUGUGUGUGUACAUAAUUAACGAUAAUAUUAAUUAUUGAUUUGCUAGAAGGGCCAAUUAAAAAAGAAAUAAUUAAUUUUUAUUGUAAGUCCUCGAAAUUCAAAGAUCAUUAACUAAAUUAUACAAGAAUACAAAUUUUUCCAUUGCUAAAUAAUUGAAUAAAUAAUAAUUUUUCUAUUGACACAUUCUUCUAGCAAAUUAAUGAUGUACCAAUUAAAUAAGGUCAAAGCGUGGUUCACUGUGCCAAAGGCAAGUCGUUAGUGAACUGUUACGUUUCAGAAACGAUAGUCUGUUUUCUUACAAAUAGAAAAGGAAUUGCUAUAAAGGAUUCGCGUUAUGAUGAAGCAGAAUAAGAAGAGAGGAAAUACAAAGAUCAUCUUACAGACGUUUCUUCGAGGAGGAGUCUGCUCGAUUCGUAGGAAGGCAAAGUCGAUCUACCUUGAAGAGAAGACAAUAGUCUUCUCUCUUAUCUCCUUGAUUUCUUAAUUCCCUCUUCCACCCCAUCACAACUCGCUCGAGAUAUGUUCUCACACGUGAUGAACAGCGAAUUCAUUCCGAAAGCUUUUCAAGAAAAUUACGAUCCGUCUCGUUUAUUUUCAAAAAAUGGAAAAGUACUACUGGCUUCACCUUACAAUCAGCACGCUCUUUUAUUACAACUUCCUAUUUCAUGGCAUAAAAUUUCAACAUGAAUGAAAGGUACUCAAUUUUGUUCAACAUCUUCGAAGUCUUCGUCGAAGCUCUGUGUUUAUUUGAAAAGUUUAGUUUUAAAAUUGAGUUGAAAUAAAUAAUUUGAUACAAAUAAUUAUCCAAAUUUUAUACAGAAACGGAAUGAAACUUCUAGUUCAAUUUUCUACGGAUCAAUGUCUCAAUUUAUGAAGAGUGUAUUAGAUCACCGAAGAGUUUUCGGUUUAUGUUGAAAAGAGUAAUUCGUAAGAGUAACAGCGAAUGGGUGAUUCGGAUUAAGUACCGACGAAACGCGUCGUUUCGUAAGCUCUUCUCUUUUCUUUUUUUUUAUGGCAACCUUCGAGCCAAAGGGAAUUAGCUUAUGGUUGUUCACACGUGCUCGAGAAAUACGAGCUCUCCCUGCGUCACAAGCUACUUCUGUUUCGGUUCGCUAAUUUCAGUCUACACAUCGCGAAACACGAGCGAAUCCGCUCGUUCGUAAUUCCAAAACGAGAAUAAAAGAAAGAAACAUCGACGCGUGUGGUUGUAAAAAAGUACUUUCUCGAAAUUGCGCCCGAAGAAAGAGGAUUCUCUAAUGAUUCUCCGAACUUUAGCGUAAAUCCCGUAAAAAUACGAUGUUAUUUAGUCUGUGAGACUUUUCGAUUUUUCAUCUUGUUAGCGUUUGAUUUUCUACAAUCUCUUCCUUCUUUUAAUUAAGCUCUAGAAUUACUUAUCGAAUCGUCGAUACGAACGGGUAAUAUUGGAACAAAGUUUCUGAAAUGUUCACUAUUGAUCCGUGUUGCUUCACAAGUUUUAUUUAAUCCUUUUCAAACGCUAUUGGCAACGUUAUCUACGUUAGAAGAUCUUUAUUUGACAAUUUAAGCCGACACGGUAUUACGAGCAUCGAUAACGCGGAACUACUCGUAAUCUAAAAAAAUUAGACUCCUCCGAUAGCGUGGAUCAAGAGUGCAAGUUAAAUAGCGGAACCACUCGAGAAACGAGAAGGAAAUUUUUCGAAAGUUUUCCUGCAAUCCUCUCGUCUUCUCAUUGAUCGGUUUCCAAGUCAAUUUUAUCCUAAGAUAUACAUUGGACCAAGAAGGUAUCGGUUCACCUUGCUUUUUCCAACGAUACCGUGUUGCUUAUCAACGUUUAUUAAAAUAAAAAAGUUAAAUUUCUGACCACCUUUUUCGAAAAUUUCAUGCAACAAUGUAUUAAGUUGUAUAAUCAAGCGUUAGAACUAAAAUAAUUAACGAGCGAUAAUAAAGUUUGUCAGACUCGUUAAGUGGAAGAUGAUAUUAAUGGUUCGCUAGGGUAUCACCGAAAUGUUACAACAACGAUCGUAAACGACAAAUAUUUGUUAUGUCCGUUAAUCCAAGCCGAAGGUAGUACGAUAUUGUGCGAAGGAUAAUCUCAUUUUACUUACCUCCGCUGGAGGUGUAUCCUUGGUUGAUUACAGUCACUGCUUAUGGGGUUAAGCCACUUGGAUACCUGCAACAUUUAUGAUUUUCAAUUUCCACCGGGUUCAGACAAGUUUCUAGUAAAUUUUAAGCCAAACAAUUACAUAGUAAAAAUUACACAGUUAAUGAAACACUUGGAAAAACAUGAAAACGCUUCGUGCAACAACUAGUACUCGAGAAGGAAAAUUAAACUUCUUUUUUAUUACAAGACUCUGACAUUCUGUUGUUGCAUUGAAAAUGCACCUUCGACGGCUUGCUAUUUUCUAAAACUCAAUUACAUAUUCUCUUUCAACGAGGCCGUCCAAUUAAAACAGGAGCGCAUAUUAAAAAGCUGUAUAAACCUGACGAUGAGAGUAGCGUAUCCCAAAGGAAGCGCGGGAUGAAACGUUCAAUACUGAAUUUCCGAAUAAAAUUUCCGCGGUAGAGAGAAGAGAUAUAAUAAGUGUUCGACGAGGGAAACAGCGAGCGUGUGCGCGGAGAAACAUAUGUACAAUCUGACUGACGAAUUAACGUUAAUCACGUACGAGCAAUUAACGCGUACUCGCUACAGAGGUGUGAAUCGAGCAAUCAAACGAACAUGGAAAUUUUAUCGCCGCGGAAAACUUAUUUCUCCGCUUCGUUUUGUUUCCCUCGAUUCUUCCAAUCGUUCCAUUUCGCAUUCAUCCUUUCUCUAGAAAAAAAGUAUACUAUUCGCAGGAAAUAUAAUUUCUAUUAGAAAAAUAUUGAGAAUUUCCAUCGUUAGCUGUUUAAACGAUCGUCUGCUUGAUCGACCGGGUAAAUACCGAAUCGAGUGUCGCGAAUCGCAUCAGCCAGGUGACGCGUAUCGAUGUAUCGAUGGUAUUUGAUCGUAACGAGUUAAUUAGAUUACAGGAGCCCCCUUAACGGUGAGGAAGAGGUGGUUUGUUAAAACAAGGCGAAAGGAGGCGCAACCUUGGCUACACGUUGGUCGUUACGGUCGUUAAGCAGCGGCUAGCGUGGAAUUCCUAUUUAAUUUUGUUAAACGAAACUGCAGUCGCAUUUAAAUUUUAAUGCUCACGAUGCAACGUUACGUUGCAGACUACGAAAGCGGAACGUUUAAUCGAGACGCUUUUUAAUACCGGUGAAAGCGAGACAGGAAACGAUCGUAUAAUUCCUUUUCGAGAUUAAAACAAAGUCUCGUUUGCAAGGAGAUACGCGUCACGCGUUUUACAAGCGAUAAACUUAUCUUUCCAAUUAUGAAUAAUUUUAUUGAAUACUUGAAAGGUGAAGGGGUGAAAGAAUUUUCGUUAGGGUAGUCUACCAGGCUCGGUACUCUACAUACGUUUACUACCAUAAACAGAUAGUUAUAAACAAUAUUUUGUGAAUUUUGAAACGAGCAACGAGGGAGAAGCAGACUCCAUACUAAGCAUGUAAUAUUUACAGAAUGUUUACUGUAAGGAAACUGUUCAUACGAGGCGUUUCCCUAAAGAUUUUCACGCAAUUUCCAUGUAAUCUCAAAGAUCCGCUCUAGAACAGGUUGCUCACGGUCUCGGUAGGAUUCAAUCUUCACGUGGCUGCGAUUAAAUAUCCUGUUGAUAUAAAGGUGGAUCGUAAUUCUCGGCAGCGAAGUCAAGUUUGAUAUUAAAAGUCCGUAAGUCUGCUUCGAGAUUCUCUAAGCCAGAUUAACUGGCUACGAAAUCGGAAUUUAUUGUCAAGUUACGCCGAAAGUAUCGUCGAUUACCAGAAAGUUUAUUAAACGAAAAUCCGAUUUCGUCUAACGCUUGGCAGUCACUUAAUUGUACAAGCGAAUGUAUAAAAUUGGAAGCUAAGGCGAACACCCACGCCAGGAUCAGUUUAAAAUCGUUUCUUUUUCUUUCACGCGAUUGAUAUUGAUGGUUUAUUUUCGUUUUCAAGAGAAGAUCGUCGUAAUGUUCUCUUGCUGCCUUGGAGUAGUUAAAAAGAAAACAGACUUUAAUCAACAGAUAAUUUGUCUUCUAGAUCAAAUUGCGAGUGAUGUAACCCUUUCUAUGUUACCUUUCUAUAUGCUUUUAAUAAUGACAUUGUUUGGACAUCAAUACGUUUCGUGAAAUCAACUGAGAACACUUUGCCGACAGAAAGGAGAAAAGGGUCUGCUUCGAUUUAUCAAAGGAGCUUUCAACGACCUCCAUUUCACCGGUAUUAUGUGUUUACCGACACGUGUUCGUCCAUAUUUUCCUUUUCACAAUUUGGACGCGAUAUUUUUCAACAAGAAAACACAAAAACAUAACACCUUGUACCUGGACAUACAUAUCUAAAAAUUAAUUAAAAAAUCAUUAAUAACGUUGACACGAUUAAUGUUGGCACGUUUCAUUGAAAGGUUCGUUGAUUAAUCGUAGCGAAAAAAAUGGCUAGGUGUUCCAUUUUCAUUCACAAAAACAAAGAUGAACUGUAGCUUGCCACGGUUCACCAGUGAUUAAUUCGCAAUCAACACUGCCCCACGUACGGAUCGGCGAUCAUUUCUGUUUCUUUCAUCAAAGAUCCCUUAAAAGCUCGCCACGGAACAAUAGCGAAUGAGAAACGUGAAAAAGAAACCAAGGCAGAAAACCACUGGGUACUCUAUUUCUGUUUACAAAACGAAGAAAAAUACCGAAGUAAAGGUGCUUGGAAUUGUAUACAAUUUUAAGUAUCAUAAAUUUCAAGUGAAUAUAAUCUUGAAAGAUACAUCUUUACGGGGUUAAUCUUUCGAAGAGAUUCGAUGAAAGAUAAAAAUAGACGAAUGGAAUGGUUCACCCUUCGGAGGAAGGAGCCACGUAUUUCGAGCGAUCGUCGAUGCUUUCGAGAACCUUUCGCCCAAGAAAUUUCCCAGACAUCUGUAUCAAUCUUCCGAGCGAUUCCAAAAAUAUACCAUUCGAAUAAUCUUCUUUCAAUUGGGGAAGAAUAAAAUUUAUGGGGUAUUGAUCGUGAAAGAAACACGAGUCUGCAGCAAACUGGAAAAAUUUUCAAUUCUGACUCGGUCUCGCUGUUUCUUGGGACGAGUUUCCGUUCGGACUACACAGGACUUGUUUCCAGUAGAAUUUCGAGAACCGGAAGGACGCGAAAUCGUAUCCACGGUCACGUGAACGACCGUGCUGUGUCGAGUGUUGGGCAAACUGGUCGAACAUGACCGACUUUCCUGAACAAGGCGAAUAGCAUGGAACAUAUGUGCAAAUAGCAAGAUAUAUCGCGAACGCAUUUGCUGGACAACUCGAGCUUGCAAGUAACUCGAUUGGCAAAUAAAUAAAUCCUUCUGGUUUUCCUGGAAUAUUGAAAUCAGAAGUUCCUGAAACUACUUCGAAAGGCAAUCUUUACUCUUCGAAGGUAGAUUCUUCAAGAAGCGGAAUUAUUGUUUCAUAGUUCUCAAUUUGAUUUCAAUUUUAGCACUUAAACUUUGAUUAAUAUUUUUGCGAUUACCGCGAUUCAAUCAGUACAGUAAAAUUAUUGAAAUCAAACGAGUUUGACGAUUAUUUUUACACCGAAAGGGAGAUAUUUUCUGAGGUAAGAUUCAUCGAUUUUCUUUCCCUCCGUAACGGCAUUGAUCACCGGAUAGCAGCGUGAAUGAAUAACCAAGCGAAACGAUUCGUUCGGCUAAUCCGGAGAAAGUUAUCGGCCCUUUCUUCGAAAUUCGAUUACCGAGCAAAUGAGAUUCGGAUCAUACAUAUGCUGAUUGCGGAAUAAUCAAGCUCGUCUUCUGAUUACGGCCUGCUUUUAUUCCAGGAAUAAAGGGGAAGUUCCUGAAUGGAACGACUCGAUCAGAUCUCGCCUGCCGAGUGACGAAAAUGGGGAAAAGCUGAUUCUAUAAAAAUAACUAACAGACAUAUAUCGCGUGUUUGGUUAAACAUUCUACGAUAAAGUUCUUUCGUUAGAGUAUAGGAGAAAUCCUCCACGGAAUUGAGGAAAUCGAUUUUCUUCUGCUACAGUAGGUUUAAUCUUUUCCGCCGUGGAUUUCUGUUUGAACAGUUGCUGUACAGUAAAAUCAAGGAAAAUUUCUUAUGUAUUUUGUUGAUCAAAUUCUAGAGACAGAUUAUGGAAAUAGAGGGUACAGGUGCUCUCCAAUUGCCACGACUAUUUGCCCAAAAUUUGUCCCGACUACUGAAUCGAACUUUCCUUGUCAGUGGUUUCAGCUGUCCCGGAACUGACUAAUGCGAACUGCAUUCAGAACUUGCUAAUGGAGCGUUAACCGCUUUAUCCGAUUUCAUUUACCGAGUCCGUUUAAUUCUUGCUCAUCGAUCAUCCCUUAAGUCCCUACAAUCAUUGUUAUUAAUCGGUGACAGGGUGGUCUCUUUUCUAUUGCUCGAAAAACAAUUUCGUCAUUCGUCUUAGAAGAUGAAUUUAGAAAAAUUUUCAGUUUUAAAGACCAAAAAAAUAUAUUCGAGACGAUUACACACCGUUUAAUAGGGAACAGAAUGAACUCUGGAACCCUGUGAAACGCGAUCAUCGACGUUGCGAUUCAUCAUAAUUUGUCUGGAUAAAUUGAUACAAGCGUCGUUUAAUCACGAGUUACGUGUACAGAAAAUCGUCGAAUACACGACAAUUAUCGUGUGACCGAGCUCUCAUCGUCCAUUCAACGAACGACAUCGAUGUUGAUCCGUUAAACCCUCUCCGUUCGACGAUGUAACGUGUAACGAGAUCGUGUUGUCCUAAUAGUAUUGCAUUGUUUCUCGUUAAAUUUGCGAACAAUAUCGAUGCUCAUAUUCAUCGAUUAGUAAUCACGCGACAAAGGGAUUGCAAUAUUUUCUUUACUACAAUUCAUCAUUUUAAUCUUAACGUAGCGUAUCCGGAAUGUCUGAGAGCGGAUUCGAGCAGAAGGUAUCGCGCGAACCAAUUAAACGAUCAAUCCUAAUGGGAAUCGGUGCAUAAUUAAUUUGUGAUAGGAUGCAGUAGAGCGUGUUUAGCGAGAACGAAUCAUCGAACCGAUACCGGAACUUACGUUGCGUUUCUCUCCGAAUUCUAACCACAUUCCUCGCACGAGCAACCCUCGGAAUUCCCUCGAAGGAAUGCGAAUGAACCGGCAGCGAAAUUCCAGAAAUUCCAUGGCUUCCGUUUCUGCCAACUCGAGUUCACACUCGUAGGUUUUCAGGCAAACUGCGGAUACGGAUGUUCAACGCGGGUUAAGAUCUCCAAUUCUGGUUGAUCAAUUUCACAAUUCUUCAUAUCCAAUCGUAAAAGCAAAAUAACGAAUUUAUUUUCUAUACCUUCCAAGAUAUAUUGUAUAGAGUAUAGAGUACACGCAGCAAUCCUUGAAGAAUAAGGGACAGGGACACCGGAAAUUGAACCCACGUCUCUUGACGUUCCUAACCGACUACACCGGCAGUCCAUUAUCAUUCCUACUUCCACAAUUCCUCUUAUUUCGUACGAGGGUUCCGUUUCGAUGUAUACGGUACAAGUAAUGAAUUUUUGUACCAGGAGAUGAUAUAGAUAGAUCCAUUAAAGAAAUUAAGUUGUUUCUUCAAACGUCUUGGAAGGUUACACAAAGUAGCGACUGCUAUAGUUACAAGUCGGUCAAUAAAUAAAACUUCAGGAAUUUUGGAAUCCUAAAAUUUUAAGAUGGUAAAGAUCCACAGUUAAUUCCCGUUCGUAUCGACAUUAUCUUACUUUCGUUUCACUGUAUUGAAUAAAUAGUGUGAAGUUAAGAUUAAAAAAUUUGCUAGUCUCUGCGAAAAUUUGUAAAAUGUGUGUGUGUGUGUGUGAAAUGGAUACGAGUGAUUUGUUUAGAGGACUUUAAAUGCCUAUUGAUAAACCUGUAUUGUAACUACUAACGUCAUCUUCAUCGAAAUUGCCCAAUGGUUUCUAUCUUCUCGAGAAAACCCUUUGUUUGUGAAAUCAGAACGAGUAAGAAAUGUACAUUAAUUAUACGUUAUUAAUAAGUCGAUGAAUUGUGUAUAUGUGCAACAAGUGUACACACGUGCACGAGGCACGUGUUUAAACGAAAGAAUAUAAUUGUAAGUUGAUUAUAUCUUGUACAGCAUUUAGGUACGAAUCAUUCGUCUUUAUCUGUAUCAAUGAAAACACAGAACCAAGUUACUCAGCGAUGUUUUAGAAUAUAAAGAAGAUGAAAUCGAGGAUAACGAAGAGGAUAAUUGCGAUUGUUCGCCAGAAAUCCGAUUUAAUAUAAAGGAUUGUAAAUACAUCUCGAUGUUCCCUGUGCGAGUCCAUCUUAAUUUCAUGUGUAAAUUACGAUUAACCAUGAUGUGGUACACAAUUACAAAGUUUAUCCCGACUUGUUCUAAUUCGU